UAUCGAGGCAAGUCAAUUCUCAUACGUCAAAUUGGUAUUGGAGUCUUGCCGGCUUGAGGUUCGAUCAGAGAGCUUUUUGUGACUUAGCUUACGUGACAUUCAACAAGUGGAAAAGCACCUGUGAUGACUGAUGACCAACCAUUUGUACGAUAAUUAAUUGGCCUAGUUUAUGGGUUAGGCUGGUUUUUGCCUUUCAUGGUAGGGUAGAACCACAAGAAAUAUCAGUUGGUUAGACCGGUGGACCGUCAUUUUGGAGACGGUGAUUAAAAGAAAAAGGUGAUGCUAGUAAAAGAAAAAGAAAAAGGAAAAGGCCAAGAAGAGUUUUCAAUUUUUUCUUUCUUCCGAUAUGUCAGAAUUAAAAAAGAAAAUCAUUUGUUUUUGGGUAUUUUUUUCGUUUGCGUAUAUUUAUCAGUAGUCAAUUGACUCAAUUCUCUACAGCAACAUAGGAAACACAUUGGAAAAAACUGCAAUUGAAAUUCACGUUAUAGCAGAGGUCAACAUGGGCUGAUACUUGAGGCGUAGCCCAUACGAAGAGUCAGAUCCAGAAAAACUGGGCCUAGAUGGUGUGGGCCCAAUCACGUGUGGUCUGAUCAUCACCCUCUCUGCCAUAACAAACUAGGGUUUUGUUUGGGUUUACCACCCGUCUGAACUCUGAAGAAAAAUGGCGUCAAGCUCCGCUAGACGAUUUCUUCAGAGAUCGAGUUCGACGACUCGGGCCUACCUGAGUCGCAACCAGCGGCCACCAACUUCGCCAUCUGUGGUUUCAGCCCCAUCUAGCCUCGCUGGGGUCGCGUCCUCACAGUCCACUCCUGCUGCUCGCUUCUCUCGCCUUAAAUAUCCCUCGUGUUCUUCCAGGCUUCCUGUGGAGUUGGCUAGUACAGUGUCGAUGAUGCCUUUGCACUCUGCUACCGCUUCUGCUUUGCUUAAUUCUAUGUUAUCUUCAAAGGUCGGCAGCUGGGGUUGGCUCUCUGAAGGAUUUGCCACUCCACUAUAGCAGGGCCUGUAAGUUCUUCAAUAUAACCAGAGACAUUGACAAGAUGAUCUUUCAAGAAAUCAUUUAUUUGCCUUUUCUCUCAUCUCAAAAUAAUUUAUUUAGGACCUUGCUGAAACUAUACUUUUCUACUGUUUUUUCAAGGAUUGUUUUGUACUAUUUAUCUGACUAGAAUGGUUCAUCUUGCUUGGCAAAGAGAAUUCAUAGGCUGAUAAUUUCUGUUUGGAGCAACAUUCCCUUUAUAAAUUCCAAACUGUUCUCUUAA